AUGGUGUUCGUUUACAGCCAAGCAGAUGGGAGCCUCCGAGAGGAGGCAGCUCGGUCCUCCAAAUCUGGUGAAUCUAGCAUUUCCAAGUCGCAGAUUUCCAAGUCGCAGAUUUCCAAGUCGCAGAUUUCCAAGUCGCAGAUUUCCAAGUCGCAGAUUUCCAAGUCGCAGAUUUCCAAGUCGCAGAUUUCCAAGUCGCAGAUUUCCAAGUCGCAGAUUUCCAAGUCGCAGAUUUCCAAGUCGCAGAUUUCCAAGUCGCAGAUUUCCAAGUCGCAGAUUUCCAAGUCGCAGAUUUCCAAGUCGCAGAUUUCCAAGUCGCAGAUUUCCAAGUCGCAGAUUUCCAAGUCGCAGAUUUCCAAGUCGCAGAUUUCCAAGUCGCAGAUUUCCAAGUCGCAGAUUUCCAAGUCGCAGAUUUCCAAGUCGCAGAUUUCCAAGUCGCAGAUUUCCAAGUCGCAGAUUUCCAAGUCGCAGAUUUCCAAGUCGCAGAUUUCCAAGUCGCAGAUUUCCAAGUCGCAGAUUUCCAAGUCGCAGAUUUCCAAGUCGCAGAUUUCCAAGUCGCAGAUUUCCAAGUCGCAGAUUUCCAAGUCGCAGAUUUCCAAGUCGCAGAUUUCCAAGUCGCAGAUUUCCAAGUCGCAGAUUUCCAAGUCGCAGAUUUCCAAGUCGCAGAUUUCCAAGUCGCAGAUUUCCAAGUCGCAGAUUUCCAAGUCGCAGAUUUCCAAGUCGCAGAUUUCCAAGUCGCAGAUUUCCAAGUCGCAGAUUUCCAAGUCGCAGAUUUCCAAGUCGCAGAUUUCCAAGUCGCAGAUUUCCAAGUCGCAGAUUUCCAAGUCGCAGAUUUCCAAGACGACGAAAAGAAGGGCGACCACCACCACAGGAACUACUCGAGCCCCUCCUAAGGGAAAGAAGGCAAAACCGGCGGAUGUCGUCGUCGAUGAGGAAGGUUUUCAACUCGUCAAACGGCCGGCCAGGAAGGCUCAACUGUCAUCUGCACCGCCGAUUCCGACGACAAACAGUUAUGAUGAGCUCGCUGAGGGUGUGGAGUUACCUACUCAGAAGAGUGAACCAAGGCCGCCGCCUAUUGUGGUCCAACAUACUGAAGACUACGACGGCCUCUACAGGAUGCUGCUUCGUCUUGUUGGCCAAGACAACGUUGUCAUCAAGCCUGCUGGCACCAACCUGUACAAGGUCACACUGAAAACAGCUGAUGACUACAGAAAGGCCCCCGUACCUGCGACGGCGCCAGCCCCUGUUGCAACAGCUGCAGACAACAAGAAGGCCCGCCGUCCACGAGGCACAGCGCGACCACCAGCACUGCGUCCUGAUCAGCAACAGAGUGAAGACCAGGGACAACACGACCGCUCCCAACAGGGACGCCAGGCUGUCGUCGUGGAAACCCCAGCUCAACACCCACACGCUGCAUCUGCACCCUCCCAGGCGGCCGAUUCCAGCAUGGAAGAAAUGAAACUCCUCCUGCAAGAACUUCGGGAGCUUCUCAGGGAUAUCCCGCGGCAACUCAUCGCCGCUGUUAGUGCAGCCGUUCAGGCAAUCACCACCGGACCACUGAAGACCCAGCAUGGCCCGUAG